CGCUAAAGAAUAUCUAUACGAUCCAUUCUUUAAGUAUACGGUUUGCAGAACUUUUCGACUGUGUCGCCGCGACGCAGAAACACGGAAGCACGGAAGUGGAUCCCUAUUCCUAUCCCGAUGCCUGGCUCUUCACUCACUACCUAACCUACUCUGGCCCUGACGAUGCAUUCAUAUAUCCGCCCGAAUACCUAUGUCUGUCUCCGUUUACCUUCAGGUGUGUUAAAGGUUACGGAGAUUGUACCUAACACUAUUAUCUCAAUAGGGAAGUAUGGUUCGUUUCCCACGAAUCUUCUCAUUGGCCGCCCUUAUCACGUAACAUUCGAGCUCGUUGAGCUUGAGCACGACGAGAAGAAUAGAAUCGCUACACAGCUACGCAUUGUUCCUGCCUCGGAGCUUCAUGCCGAUGCAAUUACAGAACCCACGGCAAGCGUUGCCGACUCAAGGGAGGAAAAGGUAGAAAUAACAAACGGCGGCGUCGAAUUUGACAUUGUAGGCGAAAAUGGCGAGGUCCUCAUGCGCAACAAUCGCCUGACGGUGGACGAUGCGUCACGGCAGGCAUUGACCUACGAAGAGAUUGAAGAGCUCAAGAAGGCAGGCUCAGGCUCAGGGAAAGAUAUAAUUGCUAAGAUCAUGGCUUCGCAUAAUGCUCUGGACGAGAAGACAUCGUUCUCACUGGCCAAAUAUACUCUAAGGAAGUCGAAGAAAUAUAUGAAGCGCGUGACAAUCUUACCGCUAGAUGUUGCGAUGCUUGUCAACACCAUGUUGGAUAUUCAGGCGGUACGGAUAAUGGAAGUGCGGGAGGAGAUUCUCGGCCUCAUAAACAGCUGGGCAAACAUUCACUAUGGCGGAUCGCAGAGGAUAUAUCCUUCAGAAGACGGCAGUGGCAUAAUAGGAGGCGGCAGGUGGCUCUGCAUUGACGACACAGGGGGCAUUUUGGUCGCAUCCCUUGCGGAGAGAAUGGGAAUUCUGUAUUCUGGAGAAGACGACGAGAAUGGCGAUUGGGACGAGGACCAAACAGAGCAGGAGCAAGGGGCGCAUGACGUGCAUCAUGAUGUUGCACAAGAACAACCAGAGAAUACAGAGCAACCAGCAGCGCGAGCUGAGACACAGAAAGAAGAUCUUUCGAUAGACCAGCCCCCUAGGCGACGGCGGAACUACAACUUUGUCCCCGAAAUGUCCGCCAAAACCAAUACUCUCACUGUCAUACACUCGGCGGCGCAACCCAACCUCGGCCUCCUAAAGUACUUUGGGUACGACACAUCAGCCACUGUCACAACGCAUCCGUUCUACCAACACCUGAAGACGAUAUCGUGGCUACAACUGCUGCAUCCCGAAGAAGAUGCUGGAUACGAAGAGCCGGAAGAAGUAUCCCCUGAUACUCUCGCCUCCUGGAAAGCCGGCAAGCGGGGAACAUACUACCGCAAGCGACGACGCUGGGAGAAAGUUACACGCGUGGUCAAUGAAACCCGCGCCGGCGGCUUUGAUGGAAUCGUAAUAGCUAGCACUAUGGAUAUAAAGGACAUCCUCAAGCACACAGUGCCGCUGCUCAGGGGUGGGGCGCAAGUCGUCGUGUACUCGCCCAACGUGGAAUCGUUGGCUGAGCUCAUGGAUCUUUAUUCGAAGGAUCGCAAGGCGCCGUAUAUGCAGGAAAUUGCUCAAGGCAACCCCAUUGAUGAGACCGACUUCCCUGUCAAUCCCACACUGCUAUUAGGGCCUAUGUUACAGACUGUGAGAGCUCGGCAAUGGCAGGUUUUACCUGGUAGAACGCACCCUAUGAUGAUGAGUAGGGGUCUUGCUGAAGGAUAUUUGUUCACGGCUAUGCGAGUGUUCCCCGUGGAUGGUAAGGUGGAAGCGAGAGGCAGAUUUACGAAAAAGAGGAAGACAGCUCCUGAAGAUUCAGUGCCAAUCUUGAAUGGCGCAGCUAAGAAGACUAAUCCAGGAGAAGAUGAUACGUCAGUGCUCGACUCACCUGCAGAUGGCGAUGCCAGUAUGGCAGAUGCAUCAUAGCACACAAUGAAAAGUUAAGAACACGUCCAGAGUAUACAAUGCUUUGUGAUGUUUGUAUUGCUGCUGGGACUUUGCCAUAAAAGCUUACCUAUUUUGGCCAUACUCUGAGGCCCUUGCCAGCAC